GCCUGUGAGCUUGAGACUAGCAGCUGAAGAGUGUAAUAGCAGAUGCUCGCCUGUGCUAAGCUGAUUUACUUGUUUAAGAUCUGACCUCAUCAUUUUGUCAGGAUGGAUUCCCACCUAUUCAGUCAGGAAGAUCUUCACUGAAGUGUCUGAGAUAUUCAGGGGAAGGAAGCGAAAGAGAAUCCUGGCAAGGGACACAUGCCCCUGUUUUGAAUGAAGAGGAGACACUGAAAAACACAGGAGAUAACAGGGUCCGUUGCAUUGCUAGGAGAAUUGGAUUUGUGUGGCUGUUGCUGUUUUCCUUCUCUUUAGCAGAGAUGUCAGUUUCUGGCAAGAAGGAAUUCGAUGUGAAGCAGAUCUUGAGGCUUCGCUGGAGAUGGUUCAGCCACCCCUCGCAGAGUUCCACCGGCACCGGAGGUUGCCUCCAGCAGGAAGGAUAUGAGCAUCGAGGGACGCCCGUUCAGAGCAGGCUGAAAAGCCACUCGCGGGACAGAAACGGGCUAAAGAAAAACAACAGUCCCAUCCAUCAUAACAUCUUGGCGCCGGUGCCGGGCCCGACCCCAGUGCCCUACCGGCCGAUCCAAACGUGGCAAGAACAAGACCUCAUUGAGCAGCUUCAGGUGGCCGAAGAGACGCCCAAAGUUGACCCUGAGAAGAACUGUGACAAAGAAGACACUAACAAAAACACACAGGAAUUGCAGAUGAUCACAGAAGAGCACAACGAAGAGGCUGGAGAGAGGCUAUCGAUAAGCAGUUGCUCUUCUCCUAUGGGAGUGAACCACAACGGGUCGGAUGAAUACUUCCACGCAGCAAAUCAUGCAGAGCAGACUUUCCGCAAGAUGGAGAAUUAUCUUCAGCAGAAGCAACUCUGUGAUGUUCUCCUCAUUGCUGGAGAUCACAAGAUCCCUGCUCAUAGGCUGGUUCUGAGUGCUGUUUCUGACUAUUUUGCUGCCAUGUUUACCAAUGAUGUCCGUGAAGCAAAACAAGAGGAAAUAAAAAUGGAAGGUGUGGAUCCUGAUGCACUGAAAGACCUCGUGCGUUAUGCCUAUACAGGUAUCUUGGAACUAAAAGAAGACACGAUUGAAAGCUUGCUGGCCGCGGCUUGUCUUCUCCAGCUUUCUCCAGUCAUCGAAGUCUGCUGCAAUUUUCUCAUGAAGCAGCUCCAUCCUUCAAACUGCUUAGGGAUCCGAUCCUUUGGAGAUGCGCAGGGCUGCACAGAACUCUUGCAAGUGGCACAUGUGUACACAACGGAACACUUCAUGGAAGUAAUAAAAAAUCAGGAAUUUCUCUUGCUGCCUGCCAGUGAAAUUGCAAAGCUCCUGUCCAGUGAUGACCUCAAUGUCCCGGAUGAAGAGUCCAUAUUCAAGGCAUUAAUGAUGUGGGUUCGGCAUGAUUUGCAAAACAGGCAGCGGGACCUUGGGAUGCUACUGUCUUACAUAAGACUGCCUCUGCUCUCCCCACAGCUCUUGGCAGAUCUGGAAAACAGCCCUAUGUUUACUGAUGACCUUGAGUGCCAGAAACUACUCAUGGAAGCUAUGAAGUACCACUUGCUACCUGAAAGGAGGUCUAUGAUGCAGAGCCCUCGAACUAAGCCUAGGAAAUCCACCGUCGGCUCUCUUUAUGCUGUGGGAGGCAUGGAUGCCACCAAAGGCACUACCACAAUUGAGAAAUACGACCUGAGGACGAACAGCUGGGUCCAAAUUGGAACCAUGAACGGCAGGCGGUUGCAGUUUGGGGUUGCUGUGAUUGACAACAAGCUUUACAUUGUGGGAGGACGAGAUGGACUGAAGACGUCCAAUACAGUUGAAUGUUUCAAUCCAGUGACCAAAGCAUGGACUGUGAUGCCUCCGAUGUCAACACACAGGCAUGGCCUAGGCGUAGCAAUGCUUGAAGGGCCAAUGUAUGCAGUCGGAGGCCAUGAUGGAUGGAGUUACCUUAAUACAGUUGAGAGAUGGGACCCCCAGGCCCGGCAAUGGAAUUAUGUAGCAAGCAUGGCAACUCCUAGGAGUACUGUGGGUGUUGCGGCACUGAAUAGCAAGUUGUAUGCUGUUGGUGGACGAGACGGGAGUUCCUGCCUGAAAUCCAUGGAGUGUUUUGACCCUCACACCAACAAAUGGAGUGUGUGUGCUUCCAUGUCGAAGAGGAGAGGAGGGGUUGGUGUGGCAACCUAUAAUGGAUUUCUAUAUGCGGUGGGAGGCCAUGACGCUCCAGCUUCUAACCACUGUUCCCGCCUUUCUGAUUGUGUAGAGAGGUAUGAUCCUAAAACAGAUACUUGGACAACUGUAGCACCAUUGAGUGUGCCUCGUGACGCCGUAGGAAUCUGUCCUCUUGGAGAUAGGUUGUAUGCAGUUGGUGGCUAUGAUGGCCAUACCUACCUGGACACAGUGGAAUCUUACGAUGCACAAAACAAUGAAUGGACAGAGGAAGUUCCAGUCAACAUAGGAAGAGCCGGUGCUUGUGUUGUGGUCAUAAAGCUGCCAUGACAGACAUUUCCAGGUGUGAAAUAAUACAGAAGUGCAACUUGACAAACCAGCAUGGUAGGAGAGAGAAGGAAAUGUAGCCUUGAAAAGCCAUUCACCCUGCUUUCAUUACAGAAAGAGAAGUGAAAAAGAAGAGCCGGUCAGGCACUUGAUCAUGGAAACAGCAUUUCUCCGAAUUCCAAAGACAAACUCGGCAGGUGUUCGGUCAUCGCAGUGACUCACGGGCAAGAUCUGGGAACACACAGUACUUUUAAAAGGAGAGAGAAAAUGAGGGAGUGGGGAGAGGAAGGGAAAAAAAUGUUAACUGAGGACAACCCCGACUCAUUGUCAAGGAGAAUCGACAAUACAGGUCAAAAUGAAUUGUGUGCUGCUGCAUUUACUUGCCAUUCUGACAUAAUCACGGCUCAGCAUGGGGGGAAAGGGGGGAGAGAAGGCCUGUGGAACCAGGAAACUCCAUGUUAGAGAUUUAAAUGUUCCAUCAUUUCAUUCUCCCAGCUGAGAAACAGAAGCCAAUGUCAAGAGCCCAUUAGGCCAGAUUCUGAGCAUUUCACAUUACAGCACAUUUUUUGGUGAAACAUUUAUGGAAGAGUAUUUUUGUGCCAAAAAAAAAAA